AUAACGACCGAAAUUUCAAAAACAAUUAUUCUACCGAGAAGAAAUACAAAAAAUAGGCCGGUCCUGUUGGUCCUGCUGUUGUACCCGGCAGUCCGAUCGCGAAUUGUUUUAUACUAAUUGAUUCUUCAUUACUCGAAAGUUAGUUAUUCUUAAAAUAAGGUUUCAAACGAUCACUGAAUGUUUAGAGAGAAUUAUGGCAGCAGUUAAAGAUGAUCCUCGAGAUGUUCUCGCGCUCUUGAAUUCUUUGGGUUUCGUUGGCAUCACAGCACCACAGUUGAAAGCGUUUAUGAAAGAUCUUAAAUUGCACCGUAAAAUAAAGGAGCGAGAACGUGAAUGCUGGAAAGAAAAUACAGCCAAGAAAAUACUGACAAAACAAAAAUGCAUGCUCAAUGAAUUGCUCCGUGAUACUAUCCGAGUUGAGUCAUCGAAUUCUGUGGAAACCAAAGCUGCUCCUAAUGAUUUUUGGCAAAGAGACGAUCCUCUGGUCAGAAUAAGAGUAUCCCACGUUUCGGAGACUGAAGAAAAUGAAGAAAAUGAAAGUGAACGCAACUUCCAUGAAGAUCUGGCAAAACGUAACAUCACCACCGGAAGAUCAUGUAAAACGUCCGAUAGAUACAGAACAGAUUCUUCUCCAUUAGCAAGGGAAUUCUUAUCAAAUAAUGGAAAAGAUAGAUCAAAGAGCAAUGACAGAUCAAAGUUCCAUCAAGUUCCCAUGGAUGGAACACCUGAUCCAUUGCCUAACAAAUCAAACAUUGCAAUAACAAAAGUUCAACAGAAGCGAGUGACGAAUAAGCCUAGUAUACCCGCUCGUCCUUUGAGCGCUCCGAUAUUAAUCAAUGAUGGGACGAUCAUUCCGGGAGACCACCCCAAAAGCGUUGCCUCGGAACCUGUGGGACUGACCCAUGCUCGACACGUUCCAUCAAGAUGUUCAACGCGUUCACAGCCCAAAUCAUUUAUACGACCUUGGCAACUACAACCAGAAACUCAGCGGAAUGCGAGUGUGAAGAAAUCGGAUCCCGUGGCUCUUUAUCAAAAGUACCAACAGGAAUGGAAACAGAUUUCAUUCCCUGGUGAAGAACAACACGCCCGCGUACGAUGGGCGAUACGAGAAAAAAUGCUUGGAACGGAUCCAAAUCCCAGACCAAUUCUCAAGAAGUCUCAGAGCCUCAUGAGUAUCAGAAAAAGAUGACGAUCGAAUGUUGACCGGUUAUUAAAAUAGUGCAUUUGUUCCAAUAACAGUUUAAUUCAAUGUGAUUACUCAGUCAUACGUAUGAUAUAGAACUUUUUAUUAUAAGAGCAUUCUUCAACUUUUUCAUUCAUUUUCGAUGAUCCUUGAAUAUUUUCACCGAAUAAUCAUGUUCCUUUUCACGAA